CACUUUUGGCAAAAAUUUAAUAUUCCACUGGCAGACGGCAGUGCAAAUUGCAAUCAGCAGUGUUCUCACUUCUGACUUUUCUGCUCACCGUCGCAUGUUGAUAAGACAGAAUAGAUUAUAGAAGACUAAAGACGUUGGUUAAUGGUUUGUUGAAAUUUAGACCAUCACGGUUUGAAUUAAAAAGUAAGUGUAUACUUUUUUAAGAACUUACAAGAAUAGCUAAAUCAACCUCAACAAUUGUAUUUGCAGAUAGAUAGCACAAUAAUCUGUUAACAAAUCCUGGUAUGAUAUAAAAUAAAAAUGGAAGAAUCCAAUGAUCCGUUAACUGGCAGUUCUACACUGGUAUUACGUCCACAUCCGACAGACAAUCAAACAGUUCAUUUGAAAUUAAAAAAACCUAAAAACACACAAAAACAAGUAAGCUGGGAAGCUCAUACAGUCGAUAACGAACAUUUGAACAAGAAAAAAAGUAAGUGUUGUUGUAUUUAUGAGAAGCCUAAAAAGUUUGGAGACCCUGAUGAUGACGACGACAAUAAAGAUGGUGAUGAUGAUGAAUGUGACAGCUGUAUGGGCAAGAAAAAAACACAUCAUUUGAAGAAGACUGAUAAAGUAAAUGAAGAGCCACAAGAAGAUAGUGGAUGACAAGACAUAUUAGUUAACUAUUUUUAGCAUGUAAGUUUGUGUAUUUUGUCUGAAGUAAGUUAUUAUAUAAAUUACACUUUUCCACAAUAAAUUUAAUCUAUUGGUC